AUGUUAAUUGGCCUGCAAGCUGUCGCCACCCAUUUAGCAAUCUUUGUUGAAAGUUUGCUGCUCGAAGACGUCUCCAGGCGUCUCCACCGCACACGUUUAAGUGUGGUCUGCCGCAAGCGGGCGGCAGGAGCGGGGCUGUCGGCAUCAGCAGUUUGUGACAUCACUUCCUCUUCCAGACUGCUGGACCCGACCAACACGCUGCAGUUCGACGACUUCAAGAAGAGUUACGGAGAAAUCCUUCACCGCUGGGGUCUGAGGGAGAAGAGAGCCGACGUCCUCAAGUUCGCCUCCUGCCCUCCUGAACCCCACAAAGGCAUUGAAUUCGGUGUGUACUGCUGUCACUGCCGCAGUCAGGCUCGUGGGACUCAGUGCGCUGUCUGUAAACGCCUCACCUUCCAGUGCGCCAUCUGCCACGUCGCCGUCCGCGGAUCCUCAAACUUCUGCCUGAGCUGCGGACAUGGAGGACACACGAGUCACAUGAUGGACUGGUUCAGGCGGCAGGAUGAAUGUCCGGCCGGCUGUGGCUGCCACUGCCUGCUGCAGAGCACCUUCUGACUGCUCAGGAACAGAAACAAACACACCUCCAGCUGCAGAGUGGAACCUUCUGAUAGCACAGGGACAAACACACCUCCAGCUGCAGAGAGGGGUAUCUGAUGUAGCGUUUACUAAUUUAAAUAAUGAUUCAGAUUAACAUACAAUCAUAACACAUAAUAUAG